CCGCCGCGCGGGGCGGAGGGCGCAGCGCGGGGCGGCCGUCGGGGCGCAUGGACGGGCCCGGGGCGCGGGGCCCGCGGCGCCGCCAUGAGGAAGCAGAGCGUGCGCACGGCCGCGCUCAUCCUGUGCAUCCUGUCCUACCUGCUGGUGGGCGCCGCGGUCUUCGACGCGCUCGAGUCCGAGGCGGAGCGCGGCCGCCAGCGGCUGCUGGCCCAGAAGCGCGGCGAGUUCCGGAGGAAGUACCGCUUCUCGGCCGAGGACUACCGCGAGCUGGAGCGCCUGGCGCUGCAGGCCGAGCCGCACCGCGCCGGCCGCCAGUGGAAGUUCGCCGGCUCCUUCUACUUCGCCAUCACCGUCAUCACCACCAUCGGGUACGGCCACGCCGCGCCGGGCACGGACUCGGGCAAGGUCUUCUGCAUGUUCUAUGCGCUCCUGGGCAUCCCCCUGACGCUGGUCACCUUCCAGAGCCUGGGCGAGCGCCUGAACGCGCUGGUGCGGCGCCUCCUGCUGGCGGCCAAGCGCUGCCUGGGCCUGCGGCGGCCGCGCGUGUCCACCGAGAACAUGGUGGUGGCCGGGCUGCUGGUGUGCGCCGCCACCCUGGCCCUCGGGGCCGCCGCCUUCGCGCACUUCGAGGGCUGGACCUUCUUCCACGCCUACUACUACUGCUUCAUCACCCUCACCACCAUCGGCUUCGGUGACUUCGUGGCGCUGCAGAGCGACGAGGCGCUUCAGAGGAAGCCGCCCUACGUGGCCUUCAGCUUCCUCUACAUCCUCCUGGGGCUCACGGUCAUCGGCGCCUUCCUCAACCUCGUGGUCCUGCGCUUUCUGGCGGCCAGCACCGACGCGCCCGAGCGCGCCACCCGCCGCGCCAGCCCGCUCCGCCUGGGGGCGCCCGAGAGCCGCGGCCGCCCUCCGCCCCGCUGCCCUGCCCGCGCCGGGGGCUCCGCUUCCAUCUCGUCCCGCGUGCACCGGCUGCAGCUGGGGGCCCGCGACAACCUGGCCUUCUCACCCCCCUCGAGCCCUGGGGCUGUGGGCGGCGGCACGGUGGGCAGGCCCCCGGCCCGGCGGAAGUCCAUCUGACAGCCCUGUCCCGGGCCCCGGAGGGUGGGGGUUGGGGGAGGUCGAGGGAACAGGAGGGGCUAGGGUCACCUGUCAGGGCAUGCUCCCCAGAGCUUGGAGAGGGUAGAGGGGCUGUGGCCUCAGGGCCGUCUUCUGCCACGAGCAGUGUGUCUUUCCCUUCUGUGGCCAGCCCCUCCCUCCUCUCCAAAAAUCCAUUAAAGCCACACCUUAAGCACAAGCACGUCCUGUAGGUGCAAAUCCCCGUGGUCCGAACUGUUUUAGGAAGGCGCGGCCACAGCAGCCACCCAGGAGAGGCUCUCCACAGGCCCAUGUCAUCAGCUAGCCCUCCCGAGUGGAAACAGGUGGCUGUUUCUCCGCUGAGAGAGGAGGCAGGUUUUCCGUGUUGUAAGGGAAAAUGCGGGACUUUCAACCCUGGGAGGCAGGCAGUGAGGCCAGCUGCUCACACCAGGAGAGGCAUGGGGAUCGGAUGCACUGAAGGGAAACAGCUCCUGUCCCCGAGUGGAGGGGCGGACAAAUCUGCACUAUUUAAACGAUCGCUCAUCCUCUUGCUCAAUGUGUAGAGUGGAAUUGACCCCUGUGUGAAUGAAACACACCCUCCGCCCGACCCCCCCCCCCCCCACCAUGUUCUUUGUCCUUGGCGAGCGCCAUCCGAGGACGAGGAGGGCCUUGUUGACACCCACCACAUCACUGGAGCACCUGGACGCAGUCAAAUGCUGUGGGAAGACCCCUCUUCUGGAAGCCGUGAGAUCUGGGUCCUGCCAACUGCCCUCAGCGUGACCUUGGGGAAUGUCAUCCCCUACCUGGGCCUCAGUUUCCACAUCUGUAAUGACUGAGUUCAGCUGGAAUCGUGUCCCCACCCCCCACCCCCACCCCCUGCAUCUCUGGAAAAGGGUUCCUGGGAUGCACCCUGCCCCCUAAGGUGUCCGUGGCAUCCUGCAGCGCUCGGCUUCCUCAAACACCAACUACCCGUGGCUUCCCAGAUAGAACUCUCAACACAAAGCAGAGCGAG